AUGGACGAUCAGUCAGAUCCAGAGACUUGGAAGGUAAUGGUCCCCGUAUCUUUGCGGACUUCUAUCAUUAAUGAGAAUCAUGAUUCCUGGUGGGCAUGUCAUCCAGGUCAAACUCACACAGCAGCGCGAAUUUUUGAGAGGUUAUACUGGCCAGACUUGCGGGACCAUGUUGCAACGUACGUCCACAAUCGCCAUUCUUGUAAUAUGAGAAAAAGCCCAAGAGGGUUAGCUGUUCCACUGGGCCCUCUGUUAGAAGGAUCAAUUAAGGAAUAUGUUUCGGCAAUAAAAAAUAGACUUACCGACAUUCAUAAAAAAGCGAACGAAUCGGCGAGGGAGGCUUGGGAAAUUCGGACUCGAAACCAUGAUUUCGAAAAGACCUUGCAUGAAUAUCAGGAAGGAGAACUGGUUUAUUUAUUUGAACGAGUUUCACAUCAAGAGCAGUCGAGGAAAUUCAGACAUUCGUGGUCAAGACCGCAUAAGAAGGAUGACCAUUCAAUAACAUUAAAACGUGUAGCAAAGUUAGUAGCUAUACCACCAUCUAAAAACGAUUACGAGGAAUAUGUCGAUGAAGUUGUCGAACACUGUUAUGCCGUGACUAUACCUGAUCAUACGCCUGAGAAUGCCGGACAUGCCCAGCCAAGUCUCCAUAUUGGUGUGCUACCUAUUCAGACUAAUGCUCCAGAGAAGGAGAUUCAAGAAUACGUCACUGCCUGUGCUACCUGGGAGAUUAGAACACGGGUCGUUGUAUCUACCGAUUUACAUCUGGAUCAUGUAUAUAAAGGUCUAUAUCCUGUAAAUAAAGUACCCUUUGGUGAUAAACUGAGGGGAUCCAACCAGAUCUUUUCAAAUAAUGUAUUUGGAGAUAUCCGGGAUGUCCUCGCAACGGCAGGACUUAUUGCUGGAGGCACAGUCGUGGAUAAAGUGGAAGUGGGGACUUGUGUGGAUCUUUGGAGGACGGUAGACCACUCCAAUACAAAUAAAUCCACCAGAUGCCCGAACCUCAAGAACCAGAUACUCUGGGUGAUUUUCUACAUAUCUCGAGGUCUGCGACUAGCACCCCUCGAUCACCGCAAUUUAAGGGACUCACGACAGGCACCAGAUCCUCGGCCGGGUCGACUUCCUCGCCCCAAUGGCCCACUCUUAUAUCAAGUAUUGGCAUCCCGAAAUAACAAGCAUAAUCGAGUGCAAAACUCUACGGCAAAUUGUGACACAAUUACCAUUGAGAUUAAUUGGACAAGGGCGCGUGUUAAGUAUUGA